AUGGCAAUACCUCCUCACAUGUGCUUCAGGUUCUGUGCACAGAGAGGCUUAGACCUCUUUGGAAUCCUGGGUGGUGAAUGCCGCUGCGGAGCCUCUGUGUUGAACGAGGACGUUUGGCAUUGGGAGACUCCCCAGCCAGGCUUAACCUUGCCCUGGAGUGAGCUGGAGAAAUGCAGCGAGACCUCUGCUCGUGCCUAUCGCUACACCGGUCACUUUGAGGAUGGCUCCAUCUCAGCAGCACUGAUCUCCAUGUCACAGGAUGAUGUGGCCUACGUGGACUCUGUGGCGAAGGGGCAGAAGAUCUCUGCCGAGGAAGAGGAAGAUGUGGUCAAAGUUACCCAGGCCGAGAUCGACCCCGAGAUCAUGAUCGACCCCAAACCGCCAGCGCCCGCACUUCUGCAGGGCCGAAGUGGUCGAAAUGAGUGCCCGGUGAGCGGGACUUGCCCGUGCGGAAAUCCGGAAUAUCCAUGCUACGCCUACUAUACAGCAGGUGGAUUUUGCGCCUGUUUCAAGAUCAACGGCGAUACCACUCCUGAGAACUGCGCUGGGUUUGGGGGCACCUUCUGCGGUGAGACGACGACCACCACGACCACCACCACAACCUACACAGGGCCUCCGACCACUGCGACGACCACCACCACUGCUGAAGGUCCACCAGACGGGAUUGGCUGGAGCCGUUCCGGACCACAGAGCAGUGGGGGAACUCGUUGGCCCUCACGGAGUAGUGAGAAUCCUGGAUCUGGUGCAGAUGUGUGGCAGGAGUAUGUGGAGAUCAGGUACACCUUCGAAUCUGGCCUGGACAGCACCCGGAAGAAUGCCUUGCGGCAAGCGGUGGAGAUCUGGAGAGACGCCACAUGCAUCAACUUCAUCGAGGAAUCGAGCCCGGCGAGGCCGUAUGUGACGGUGGGCAAUUUCGACAGUGGCAGCUGCUAUGCGACUUUGGGGUAUUAUGGCACGAACACCAACUAUAGAGUCAAUCUUGGAUGGUGCAAUGGUGAACGUCAUAUUGGCAGCAUGGUCCAUGAACUGGGGCACAUUUUGGGGAUGAGCCACGAGCAGCAGAGACCCGAUGGACCAGAAACCUUCUACGGUAAAGGGCCGCAUUUGACUGUCUUCUGGGACAACAUUGAUCAGUCCUGGUGGUCCCAAUACGAGCCGAACGACCGGGUCUAUACGGGCUCAAAGAACGAUGGCACUGGCGAUCCUCAUGUGGGCUAUGCUGACUAUGACUUCGAAAGUAUCAUGCACUACGGUGGUGGUUCAGCCUUCGACACAAUUCCGACAAGCAAAGAGUCGCUGGUGGGAAACCGCAACCAACUAUCCACAGGCGAUAUCUCGCAGAUCUUAGACCUCUACCAGUGUAAGUCGACAGACACAACGACCACUACCACCACCACUACGACCACCACAACGACCACCACGACUACAACCACCACAACUACAACCACCACAACUACAACAACUACCACAACUACCACUACAACCACCACAACGACAACUACAACGACCACGACAACGACCAUGACAACGACCACCACCGCCACCAGCACCACCACCAGUGGAAGUGCAUUUGCGCCCAUCAGUGGUGACGGCUCAAACCAAGUUUGCCGUGGUGAGAGCAUCACCGACAACCGGGCUGAGUACUUUACCGCGCAGCAUAUGGUGGCAACUCUUGAAGACUGCAAGUCGCUCUGUGCCAACUUCCAGGGAUGUGUUGGUAUCGAGUACAACGCUGGAGGUCAACGAUGCGAAAUCUGGACCCGACCAGAAGGCAUUGAGGUCACCAAGGAAGCUGCAGGCUACGUGUGCUUAAAGUACCUGCCAAAUGCCCCCACCACAACCAGCAUCAACCAAGCGCUCUUCCAACCCUUGUCCGGUGAUGGCACUGGACAAGUGUGUCGAGGCGAAGGGCCAGGUGACAACCUUCCGGAGUACUUCACGGUGAAGUACAACAUCCCCAGCUUGGAGGGAUGCCAGGCCGAAUGCGUGGCGGUUGCGGACUGCAAGGGCAUCGAGUACAAUGCAGGUGGAAGUCGAUGUGAAAUCUGGAUUCGUCCAGAGGGAAUUGGCUCGACCUUUCCUCUCGAUGGCUACACUUGCUUGGCCUACACACCAAAUCUACCCACCACCACAAGCACCACAUCAACACUCAACCCUGCACUUUUCCAGCCUGUGAUGGGAGAUGGAACAGAUCAGGUGUGCCGCGGUGUGAAUGCUGGUGACAAUGCAGAUACUUACUUCACGGUGACCAGCGCUGCCUCCCUGGAAGCAUGCAAAGUUGCAUGUGUGGGAUCGUCUAGCUGCAAAGGGAUUGAAUAUCAUGUCAGCGGCCGCUGCGAAAUCUGGACAAGGCCAGAAGGAAUUGGGACUACAAUGACUCUGGCAGACUACACGUGCCUGAGAUACGUGCCUGGUGCAAGCGAUCAGUGA